UAUUGGAUAUUGUUAGUUAGGAUUUCGUUUUGUUUAGUCUAAUGAAUGCAACAUGUACGGCACGCGCAAUCUGCUAGUCUGCGUUCUUCAACUGUGGUUUGACGGACGAUGUUGCAAGACGAAGUGAUAGACAUAAAACAAGAGCCAACUUCGGAAGGCGGCCUCCCUCAAAGCUUUUCUGCUCCAGUAAGUUUUUGGUAUACAUUAUGAUCUUACGCGAGUUUGGCGACGGAUUGAUAUCAGGUAAAGAAGCAUUGAAAACCUAGAAGUACUGGACGACUGUUUUAUCGUAUUUCGGGAAUCAUCGGCUGUAUGCCCCUACUGCCUGGGUUCGAACCUAAGACCUUCCGGUUACAAGGCAAGCUCGUAUAGCACUCAGCUACUGGGACCCGAUUCAACGGCCAGUGCAUGAAUUCUAACUUCUACCUAUUCAUGAUUUAGCGCGACCACCAACCAAUGUCGUCGGUGGGAAGUUCACACACACUUGACUGUUUGGAACCCGGUGGUCACGACUUCUCUCUAGAACUCCAGGAAACUCCGCCCGGCAGGAAUUCACUAGCAAGCAUCAGAUUAAUUUUCAAGAGUUGGUUUGUAAAGAUUAAAAUUUGUUUCUACUAGUUUGACCACGGAUUGAUAUCAAUUUAAUCCUUACAAACUAACUCUUGAAUGUAUUGUGCUGUUUUUAGAUUAAGUCCGUCUUUAGUUACCCAAUUCAUUUAAUUGAUUUUGUACAGCCUGAAUUAAGUAUCAAAAAUAAGACUUGUAUUUACACUGGUGUUGCUAAAAUUGUCCUAAUGAAUUCCGUUUUUGUAAUCCGUGAGGACUGGAUAAUUGUAGUAGUAUUGUGAAAUUCUAGCAUCCUAUGACGUGAUUGCGUGCGAAUUCAGCUUCCUGGAAGUCAUUAAGCAAUUCUAGAACAGAAGAUACGAUUUGAUUUGAUUGUUACACAUUUAAUUGGGUGUCGAACGCCAUGUGUUGGGGUAGUCACUAUGAUUUAACUGCAUCGGUUGAUACUUGUAUAAAUGGUUUACAUCGUGUUCCCAUCGUAGAAUAAUCUCAGUAUUAUGCAGAGAUGCUACACACUUUCCUGCCCUUCAUUUCUUUCACGCCACCAAUACGUGUCAUCACAGUUACUUUCUGCUACUUGUGCUUUCCAAUGGUGGUAUUAAAACAGUUAUUAUUGAUUGCACAGUUCAGCGAAACAGUUGACUGCAUAUAAAUGGUGUAGUUUCAGAGGAGACGGUAGGGAUUCAGUUUGUUGUUUGCAUAUAAGUAGCAUGUAGUAUUAGAGUUGUCUUUAGGGACAAAGAAUGGUAGGUUUAAUGUCAAUGAUUCCACUCCCCUCAUCGUACCCAGUACAAUUCGUCCACGUACACCACAUGAUGAUCAGUGUUCAUCAAGUAACAUGAUUCAUAAUACAGCUUCCGCAGACACACGCCUACAUUUGGCGACAGGUGGUGAGUGUGUUAAUUCGUUACCAUUUCGUAACGAAACUCUCUCUGGUUCUUCAUCUGGUGUCACUCUUCCUCCAACAACGCAAUCUUCUGGACCUAUGAUGACUUAUGAUGCAUUUAAUCAUCGCCCAAUUCAUUCAGCUGUUCAUAAUAGAUGUACGUUAGUUCCCCUUCCCACACCACUAUCAAAACGAUGCACCCAAACAGCAACCAGUGUAUUACUGAAUUCACAGCUACCAAUGGUAAACACUUGUUCCCAAUAUUUAGGAAGUAAUAUACGAAAUCCAGUUAUAUCUACAGUCGAUCCGAACGGAUUGGCAAUCUCUUCAUCUGCCAACAGGAUUAAUGAACAAAUUAUGAAUCCUCCUCCUCCUCCUCCUCCUAUGGAUGAAAAUGUCCUACGGGGUCGUGAUACUCGAAACUCAUCGGGAGAUUUAAUAUUUCCCGGCAUAAAUCGCACUUUUCAAAGUCCUUAUUCAGUCUUGAGACAAAUUUAUCAAACGGCUACAGCUCAAGACAAUUUGUCUUUACAGUUACCGUCAUCCGCGAUUCAAUGUGAAAAUGAGGCAAAUAUUUAUUUAGAAAAAUCACUACCGAAUUCGCUACUUAAUUCAACUUCAAUAAAAGGUUUUCAUAUUUGCCUGUGUUGCCAUUCAAAAUUUACAAGUCGUGCUUUGUAUGAAGACCACCUGAAUCGUGCCGUCGCACGAAUAUUGUAUUGUUGUCAUCUCUGUCGUGGUCCUUGGACAACUUUACAUGAGGCGGUCAGUAACGCUGAUGUAAAUACAAGUCAUCAACAUCAUCAUCGUCCGGAGGACAUCAGUAGAAAUCCUUCAACUACUAACAACACUAAUAAUCAUGAAAGCGGAAUGUCCUCGCGAUUUUAUUCUGUUCUACAGGGUGGAGUUAUCAGCGCUAAUAAUAAAUGCGCCAUAUUUACUCAUUUGAUAUCUGCACACCCGGAUAAAAGAAGUGAUUGGAUUCUCAGACCAUCACUUCUUACAAUUUUUCCGUUGGUUAUGCCAACCACAUAUUUAAAUUUAGCAGCACAGACCACCUCCACUACUACUGAUAUUCAAUCUUCUAAUGUAUCGAGUGAGUUGACUCAUUUGUUGUUUGUUUUUCCUUUAUGUGCUGUGACUUUAUGCUAUGUAUGUUUCUGUAUUUUUGUUGUGCCCUAUCAUUGUUAUAAUGAAUAUGCAUAUGCAUGCGCGUGUAUGUGCGUGUGUCUGUCUGUCUGUCUAUCUAAAAAGGUGUUUACAAUGUUUUGCUUAGACUCACUUGUUAUGUAAGCAAUAUCUAUAUAGGCUGCAGGCGGUGGCAUUGAGUUUGAUUAAUGAAUGCCUUUGGAGGGCUUCGUGUGCGUGUUUACCACUACACUUAUUUAUGAAUUUGUAUCUGCCAAUGUUGUCAGCGGGGUUGAUCGCUGAUGGAAUCACGGCACGGAUACAGAAGGCUCGUUUCGCGUAUGCUGGCGUACACUAUCUCUGGCGUAGACGUGAUGUCCGGUUAGCUAUCGAUCAAAGGACAUGUGUACUGCUCAGCAGCCAUUGAAAUCGGAAUACAUGAGAAGCCUUGCUAGCUAUCUCCGAUCAGAGGUGUCUGCUUUCUGUCUCCCAUAUUAGGUGGCAUAACAGAGUGAGUGACCAGUAUUGAGGUUAGGCAUCGGUCGAGUGCUGUGUAAGAAGGGGAAAUCAGUCGACGAGGUUGUGAAGUUACAUCGAUUGAGAGAGAUGGUUAGGACAUGUGUUACACAUGCCUAACUAGCCAUUGCCUUCCUCGAUAAUGGAUAAUGUUAGCUGACAUAGAAUGGAUCAGGUUGGAGGAUAGCUAGCAGAUGGUGGUCAAACCAAAACAUGGCUUCAUCAGUCAGUGAAAUCCACAAAAGUUAGUUUAGGCCAGCCAGUCACGUUGGGAGGUGUAGAGUACCUGUUUGUAGUCUUCGGGAUGCUGAGAACCAGUGACUGGAGACAAUUAGUGAUAUGGCUCACAAUCGUCUUCGGGUGAUGGCUGGCGCAGAUGCAUUCGCUCUUUGUGAUUUCUCAUAACCAAUAAAAUUCUAUUGUCCUUCCAUAUUACUAAUCUUUUCCCCUCACUGACGCUGACACUGUUUAUUAUCUGUGUCUCUCUUUUGAACCUCUAUGUGGAUUUUUUGUGUUGGUUUGUGUGUUACAUGGAGUAUGGCAACUCAAACUGAUGCACAAGUGUGCAAGGUUCUGUGUUGAAACCAGUCAGUCAUUGUCUUCAUGUUUUCGACAUGGAACUUUGCACCGAUGUGCGGUAGUUCAAGUCGCCACGCUCCAUGUAACACACAAAGCAGGAGAAGAAGAUGGAAGAAUUGCAUAAUAGAGACAGUAGACAGAGGUGUGAGAGAAAGGAAUCCGAGUGAGUCAUUAAUACGUGAUCGGUGAGAUUGUGUAUUUUGGUUAAAAAUAACUCCCUGAAUUCUUUUUUUAGUAAACUUGAACAAAGCAUGAAUGACAAAUGUACCACCAGGAUACUAUGAACUCAUCUCUGAUAGUUUCGUGGAUUCUUCUCACACCGUUGGCUCCAGCCUGAACAAUACAGAAAUGUAUAAAUUACAAUAUAGAUUUAAACAUACUUUUUACACCAAUGAUAGGAAGUAAUUGGUAGCAACUUAGUGGUAAUUGGUAGUUUUGGAAUGAUGUAUGUUGUGAAGUUACUAAGAGUGAAAAGGAUUGACUAGUUAUUCAGAAAUUGGAUGACUGGUGUGUUGGUGGCACAGCGGUGGAAUGCUCGCCAACUACGCAUGUGGUCCAGAGUUCGAUCUUCGGCCACUGACGACGUACUCCUUUACUUCUCUAAACCAGUAAUACUAAACAGAGUGGUGCAUAAGGCUGGCUAGCAACCCCAUCCCGUGAAAAUAAAUUCCACUGAAUUAGAAUAAAAUAAAUGCUACCAAAACUUACAGCCUCUAGCUUGAGUCCCUAUGUUCCACUGGGAACUUAAAGGAAGAAAAAAAUCUUGUAAAAAGUAUUUUUAAAUCUUUUCGUAGCCAUUUGAAAAGGAUUUGUGAAAAGAUAAAUAAAUGUAUUAUUGUUCUAUACCUAUUAUUACUAUUGCUUCCUUGGGUUCCUAGUGGAACAUAGGGUUUCAACUGCACGUCUCCACUUGCUUCUGUCUUCUGUUGUACUUUUCACUUGCAUCCAUGUUAGUCCAUACUCUUUCAACUCCUCUUCACACGAUCUCCUUCAUGUCACCCUUGCACUGACGUCCCAUUCGCCGGUUCCCUUUUGGGUUCCACUCGAGAAAUGGCCUGACUCGCGAAGUCACCCAGCGGUCUCCUCAGCGAGUCUCCAAUCCAUCUCAAUACACUUUCUCCUGCAAAUUUGUCGGUAGGCGAUUGGUUCUUGUUCUGUUUGUUCCAGCCAAAGUUUCUUGUUGGUGAUUCUUUCCGUCCCGGCCAUCUGAUCUUCAGUAUAGAGCGAAGACAGUUGUUGAUAAAGGUAACGUCUGCAACAGCCUGUUGGAAAUAUUCUUUGUGACCCACCCGCCAAGUUUCUGAUCCGAUCCGUAUAGAAGAACUGACGGACUUGACGUUUGUAUUGAAAAUCCGACUAAAUCUUGUUGUUGAUGCUGAGUGACGAAGAUUUCCAUAUUGGUUUUACGUUAAUGAAUGUGUUUCUCGCCCUUCUCCCCGAUUCUCGAUUUGACAUCCUCGUCCGUUCCGACUGGCUGUUGUUGAGACAAUGCUCCCUAGAUGAGUGAGUGAAUGAAGUAACCUCUUUCAAAUCCCUCCCGUUGAUGGUGAUUGACGCUGGAUUUUGGUGUUGUUGUUGUUGUUGUUGUUGCUGGUUGGUUAUUUUCAUAACAUUCGUCUUGUCUAUGUGCACCUGGAGUCCUGU